CCCAAAUACUUCGGUCGUGACGCCAUGGUGUGCGUCUGCAACGCCACGUACUGCGACACGUUGGACCCCGUGGUCCUGCCGGCCCUGGGCACCUACGUCAAGUACGAGAGCAGUAAGGCCGGUAAGCGGCUGGAACGCAGCGAGGGGAGCUUCCAGCGCAGCCUGCACGCCCCAGAUCUCGUCCUGACCGUGGACACGACGAAGCGGUACCAGAAGGUGAAGGGCUUCGGUGGUUCCGUCACCGAUGCGGCUGCCAUCAACAUCCUUUCCCUGCCGGAAACAGCCCAGGAUCACCUGCUCCGCUCCUACUUCUCUGAGGAAGGGCUGGAGUACAACCUCGUCCGGCUCCCCAUGGCCAGCUGCGAUUUCUCCCUCCAUGCCUACACCUACGACGACGUUCCCUUCGACUACGAGCUCGCCCACUUCAGCCUGCGCGAUGAGGACACGAAGCUGAAGAUCCCCCUCCUCCAUCGAGCCUUGGCCAUGAGUAAGCAGCCGGUAUCGCUGUACGCCAGUCCCUGGACCUCCCCGACCUGGAUGAAGACCAGCGAGUCCUACGUGGGGAAGGGCACGCUGAAGGGGGAGGCAGGGGACAAGUACCACAAGACCUGGGCCAACUACUUCGUGCGGUUCCUGGACGAAUACGCCAAGCACAACCUGACCUUCUGGGCGGUGACGGCGGAGAAUGAGCCCUCGGCCGGGCUGAUCAACAACUACCCCUUCCAGUGCCUGGGCUUCACGGCCGAGCAGCAGCGGGAUUUCAUCGCGCGGGACCUGGGCCCCGCGCUGGCCAACAGCUCCCACCGCCACAUCCAGCUCAUCAUCUUGGAUGACAACCGGCUCCACCUCCCGCACUGGGCCAAAGUGGUGAGUGUGGCGUGGGGUCGGCCGGCACGNUACGCCCACGGCAUCGGCAUCCACUGGUACCUGGACUUCAUUGGUCCCAUACAGGACACGGUGGUGCCCACUCACGAGCUCUUCCCCGACUACUUCAUCCUGGCCACCGAGGCGUGCAUCGGGGCCCACUUCUGGGAGAGGGACGUGAUUUUGGGCUGCUGGGACCGGGGGAACCAGUACAGCCACAGCAUCCUGACGAACCUGAACCACUUUGUGGCCGGCUGGACCGACUGGAACCUGGCCCUGGACCUGGAAGGGGGCCCCAACUGGGUCAAGAACUACGUGGACAGCCCCGUCAUCGUGGACACCAGCGAAGGCAUCUUCUACAAGCAACCCAUGUUCUACCACAUGGGGCAUUUCAGUAAAUUCAUCCCCGAGGGCUCCCAGCGCGUGGGGCUCGUCGCCUCCAAAGAGUCCAAGAAGACGGACUUGGAGUACACGGCUUUCCUGCGCCCCGACGGUGCCGUGGUGGUGGUGGUUCUGAACCGGUCCAUGCAGAACGUCACCUUCGGGUUGGCCGAUACGGUUGGCCUCAUCGCCGCCCUGGCUCCGGCCAACUCCCUCCAGACAUACCUGUGGCGGCGGCAGUGA